UGUCAACAGUGUGGAAUGUCCCAGGAGUUGACAGAGAGAGACGUGUUGGGAAGUGUUCCUGUUCUGGCUCAUCUCUGUUAUCUGCUGGCGGACACACUGAGCACUCCCCUCCUAGGGCCCAGAGUAAUUCCACCACCACCACCACCACCACCACCACCACCACCACCACCACCACCACCACCACCACCACCACCAGGGAAACAGAACUGUGGAGAGGGGCGCAGGGGGAAAGCAUCCAUGGAGGACCCACUGGGGAGGGUCAAAGGCUGAGCCAGUGGGGGGCUGGGAUCAGGUUUACUGACCGGCCGACCACAAAAGAGUUGAAGGGGUCCCGUCAUGAGUGACGACAGCUCAGGUGUAUUUGGUUCGCGUGGAGAGCGAUCCGACGGAGCCGGGGAGGCCAGCGGAGGCAGCAGUGCAAGCCGACCGGCCGGCGGUCCGGAUCCAGAGAGGCAGAGCCCUCACCACAGGGGGAACUCGAGCCCAGAGAGCGCAGGGACAACCGGGCGCAUGGAACGGCUGGCCGGGAGGAAAGUGACCAGGAAGGCCUGCAACGUGGACCAACGAGAGAGGGGGGGGUUCGCUCGGAUCGAGGGCAGAGAGGAGAGGACCGUGGCAGGCAGGAGCGGGGAGAGUGUGGGGAGGCUCAGGGGGGGCGAGGGAGACGGGGGGAGGAGCGGCAGGGAAAGGACGGGGAGAACAGAGGCGUUUAAAACCGCCGCGCACGACGAAGGGCGAAGCGGGAGUCCGUCUACUCAUACGUACGCUGGCAUCCUGCAGCCCGGUGGGAUGGGAGGGAGAGCACGUUCUGAUGGGCCCCGGGCAUGGAUGACCUCCUCCACCCCAACCACCAGCUCGCGGCCAGCCCCAGGCCCCAAGUCCACCGCCGCCCUCCAGCGCCCUCCAAUCAGAAUCUGGGCGACGCCUCCACAUCCUCCUCCGCCCCAACAGAGGUCCUCCCAGAGGCCCGCUCACAACGCAGACCCCCCCCACCGCACGCCACGUACACCCGCCAGAGAACCAGACCCGCCGUGGAGGUUAGAGGCCAGGCCGAGGUCGAGGUCAGGGGCCGGGCGGAACCGUCUGCCCUCGGGCCGCCGGACACUGCCAGGAGACGAGGAUGAUGAAGACAUCCAGGAAGGAGAGAGAGGAGAGGAAGGGGUAGGGGAAGAGGAGGCCGGGUCUUGGGCCGGGGCCGGGGGAAAUGGUGUGGCGGAGGUGAUUAGUCCUGCCCUCGCACCAGCAGCGCUGACUUGUUCCUCCGUCGUCGAGAGCGACAGGAGCAGGAGUAGGAGGGAGAAGAACAGGGCGAGGAGCCAGAGGAGGAGGCAACGGAGGAGGGAGAUUUGGAGACAGAGUCGGCAGCAGGACAGCAGACAGAGCUCCACAAGCAGCAGCAGUAGCAGCAAUGGUGAGGAGGAGGAGGAGGAGGAGGAGGAGGAGGAGGAGGAGGAAGGAGGUACGAGGAACAGUGAAGGCCUCAUAUGUGCUGUGUGCUUGGACGUGUACUUCAGCCCGUACACGUGUCACCCAUGCACCCACGUCUUCUGUGAACCCUGCCUGAGGACUCUGGCUAAGGGCAGUCCUGCCAACACCCCCUGCCCCCUCUGCAGGACCACCAUCACUCAUGUCUUCUUCCAGAAAGAGCUCAAUCAAACAGUGAAGACAUUAUUCCCCAUGGAAUACCUCUCCCGGAAACAGAACUUUCAGAGGGCCAGUUGUGCCAAGUGGCCCCUUCCGAGCACAAGGAAGCUGUUCCGGAUUUUUGGAGGCUUCCAGCGACAGACCAGUUCUGCCAGGCGCCGGUUCCCUCAUGGAGGAGGGUACCGUCUGGACGACCUGGACUCUGACGACGAGACCCGGGGAUGGCACCUGGACAUGGACAUGGCCGUCAUUUACAUCUACUCGGCCAACUGGGUCAUCGCCUUCUUCAUCUUCUUCUUCCUCUGCUACCUCUUCUUUCCCUCUUUUUAACAGGAAGAAAGAGAGAGAGAUGAGAGAGAGAGAGAGAGAGAGAGAGAGAGAGAGAGAGAGAGAGAGAGAGAGAGAGAGAGAGAGAGAGAGAGAGAGAGAGAUAAGGGGGGUGAUGGGAUGGAAGGGCAUGUGAAGGUUAUACUGCAUGAGAAAAUAAUCUAAAGAAUAUGCUGUCUGAGAGGUAAAAUUAGCAUAAGAGUGAUACAGUAUGAGAACUAAGAUGGUCAUACAGUAUGUAGAAACGUAUAACAAACACUAAGACGGUUAUGUUUUGAAUAGCUCAAAAAGGGAGAUGUGUGUUGAAUAACUGGUCGAAUAGGUAAAUAAAAUUCAGGUUGGCCGGCCCUGAGAGAGUUUUUAAAACCAUGCACCAGCUCUUGUUGUAUCUCAUCAAUAAAUCAUUCAAAUGUGAAAGCAGUUGUAGUAGGUCGUUUGGGAAUAUCAAUUUGACUCUGUUAAGUGUCUCAACGUGACAUAUAUAUACAGCACUUCCUUCCUGCCAAGUGGUGACGUAUAUCCAGGCGUG